AUGGGAGUAAAAUCGGCGACGGUAGCUAGGAAAAAGUUCUACAUCUGUUUCCUGUUCGUCGUGAUCUCUGUUACGCGUCGUCUCGCGCUUUGCCGCACGCUCUCAGAUGAUCCAGAUCCGUGCGAAUCAACGAACCCAAGAGAUUUUCCGAAGCUCAGAUCGGAUCAGGUCACCGUCCUUAUCAACGGUUACUCCGAAUCGCGGAUUCCUCUUCUGCAAACCAUCGUGGCCUCUUACUCAGGAUCUUCAAUCGUAUCAUCCAUUCUAGUCCUCUGGGGCAACCCAACCACACCGAUUCAACUGCUUGACCAGUUGUACCACAAUCUGACUCAGUAUUCGAUUGGUGCUGCUUCAAUCUCUCUGAUUCAGCAAUCAACCAGCAGCCUCAACGCCAGAUUCCUCCCUCGUCCCUCCUUUGUGGACACUCGUGCUGUUUUGAUAUGCGAUGAUGAUGUUGAGAUUGACCGGAGAUCGCUGGAAUUCGCGUUCUCCGUGUGGAAGUCGAAUCAAGAUCGUCUGGUAGGAGUGUUUGUGAGAUCGCACGGAUUUGACUUGCAAGGGAAAGAGUGGAUAUACACUGUUCAUCCGGAUAAGUACUCGAUCCUGCUGACGAAGUUCAUGAUGAUGAAACAGGAUUACCUGUUCGAGUAUAGCUGCAAGGGAGGUGCGGAGAUGGAGGAGAUGAGGAACAUUGUGGACAGGAUGCGUAACUGCGAGGAUAUACUUAUGAAUUUCGUAGCUGCGGAGAAGGUGAGAGCAGGGCCAAUCAUGGUGGGAGCAGAGAGAGUCAGGGAUUGGGGAGAUGCGCGUAACGAGGAAGAAAAGGAAAUGGAGGAGGGAGUAAGAGAAGUUGGGCUGAGUAGUAGAAGAAAGGAACAUAGGAAGAGAAGAGGGAAUUGCAUUAGGGAGUUCCAUAGAGUCAUGGGGAUGAUGCCGUUGGUGUAUAGUUAUGGUAAGGUUGUGAAUUCUGUUGGGGAACAAGGCUUGUGUCGUAAAGCCGGUAAGCUUGUGUUCUGUGACCGGGAUUGA